UCCUCCUCGUCCCUUCCUUCCUUGACCUCAGUCGGGAGGUCCGCCGCCGUGGUCCCCCCUGUGAAGGGAUUUCAGUAGCUGGGCCCGGACUGCGGCCCAGACACCUUCAGGGGGCGCCCCAAUCCCUUGCCUUCCGCCGGGAGAGUUUCUCCCUCAAGUCCUGCUCGCGCUUGACCCCACUUGCUCCCUCCACUCGCAGCUUCCCCCCCCCUUUCCCCGCAGCUCCCCUGCUGCCUUCUCGGUCCUUGUCGCCCCCUCUUGCUGCCCUCCCGACCUCCCCGCCUCGCCCCGCCUGCGGUGCCCCUCUCUGGCAGCUCCUUUCUCCCCCGCGUCCAUAGGCUUGUCCUCGCCCUCCGGGCGGAGCAACAAGCCUUCGGGCCGACGCCGCCGUCCUCCCUUCCCAGCAACAGUUCUCCCUGAAGUUGCGCUCGAGGGCUUUCCUCUUCGGCGGGAAGCGGGCCGCCCUGUUGCAGCCCAAGGGGGAUCUCUUUGGAAGGACGCUCCGCUCAAACUUUUGGGAUGAUCGUGUUUGCGGCUCCUGCGGGAGGAUGGCUGAGCUCGCACAAGCCGGAUCUUCGGGCUGUUUUGUCAACCAGUGGCGCUUAAAAGUGCAUUCUCCUGCCAUUCCUUUUGGGGGUUCUCUCGGGUGAAAACCUGGAGUGCAUUGGUUUUCUUUUUACCUCUUUGCGAAAUCUAAGUGUCAAAAUGCUAGCCAAGUCGGUGGAUCGUCAGCGGAUGUAGUUCACCGCCUCCUUUCUCCUAAGGAAGCAAAGUUUCCUAGUGCUGUUGGAGUUUUAAAAAUUACAGGUGUCCUGUGUUGGAUUGCUCGUACAAGUAGUACUUUUUACGGUGGAAGCUCCCCUGGUUUAGCGAAGAAAAAUGAACAAUUGAAAUACUAACAUAGUUUGUCCUGGAGUCCUGCCGCUUUAUCUCUCUAAGAGAGAAGGCCUGUCUUUUUUCUUCCCCUGUGUUUUUGGAUGUGAUGGAACUCAUGUUUGCAGAGUGGGAGGACGGGGAAAGAUUUUCAUUUGAAGACUCUGAUCGCUUUGAGGAAGACUCUCUUUGUUCCUUCAUUUCGGAGGCAGAGAGCCUAUGCCAGAAUUGGAGAGGAUGGCGGAAGCAGUCAGCUGGACCGAACUCCCCCACUGUCAAAAUGAAAGAUGGACUGGUGAUCCCAUUGGUGGAGUUGUCUGCAAAGCAAGUGGCAUUUCACAUUCCAUUUGAAGUGGUAGAAAAAGUCUACCCACCAGUGCCCGAACAACUGCAGCUGCGUAUUGCUUUUUGGAGCUUUCCAGAGAAUGAAGAGGACAUCAGGCUAUACUCAUGCUUGGCAAAUGGCAGUGCGGAUGAGUUCCAGAGAGGCGAGCAACUGUUCCGAAUGAGGGCUGUUAAGGACCCCCUGCAGAUAGGUUUCCACCUCAGUGCCACAGUGGUACCUCCCCAGAUGGUGCCACCAAAAGGAGCAUACAACGUGGCUGUGAUGUUCGACAGAUGCAGGAUCACUUCAUGCAGCUGUACUUGUGGAGCAGGGGCCAAAUGGUGUGCUCAUGUUGUAGCCCUCUGUCUUUUCCGGAUACACAAUGCAUCAGCAGUGUGCUUGAGAGCACCUGUCUCAGAAUCCCUAUCUCGACUUCAGAGAGAUCAGCUGCAGAAAUUUGCACAAUACCUCAUCAGUGAACUUCCUCAGCAGAUACUUCCUACUGCUCAGCGACUGUUGGAUGAGUUGUUAUCAUCCCAGUCUACUGCCAUCAACACUGUAUGUGGUGCCCCAGAUCCCACUGCUGGUCCCUCUGCUUCAGAUCAAAGCACCUGGUACUUGGAUGAAUCUACAUUAAGUGACAACAUAAAGAAAACCCUUCACAAAUUUUGUGGUCCUUCUCCUGUUGUGUUUAGUGAUGUGAACUCCAUGUACCUGUCCUCUACGGAGCCUCCUGCUGCUGCUGAGUGGGCCUGUCUCUUACGCCCCCUGAGAGGGAGAGAACCUGAGGGUAUCUGGAAUUUGCUUUCUAUUGUUCGGGAGAUGUUUAAGAGACGGGACACCAAUGCAGCCCCUCUUUUAGAGAUCCUAACAGAUCAGUGUCUGACAUAUGAACAGAUAACUGGCUGGUGGUACAGUGUAAGGACAUCUGCUUCCCAUAGCAGUGCAAGUGGGCAUACUGGUCGUAGCAACGGUCAGUCAGAAGUGGCUGCUCAUGCUUGCGCAAGCAUGUGUGAUGAGAUGGUGGUUCUUUGGAGGCUUGCAGUUUUGGAUCCAACCAUCAGUCCUCAUCGGCGAAGAGAUCUGUGCACACAACUGAGACAAUGGCAAUUGAAAGUAAUAGACAAUGUCAAAAGAGGACAGCACAAAAAAUCCCUUGAGAAGCUGUUCCAUGGCUUCAAGCCAGCUGUGGAAGCUUGUUACUUCAACUGGGAGGAGGCCUAUCCCAUUCCAGGCAUCACCUACAGCAGCGCAGACAAGAAGAAUUCCUUUUGUUGGGUGAAAGCCAUCCAGCAAAGGAACUGUCGAUCCCAGUGUGCAGAGUCUUGUGAUUCAGGAAGAGCGCAUGGGCUGGAUGGUGCAGGGACAUGCUUACAGCUUGGAGAUAGAUCACGCCUUGCCUCUCAGGAGCCAGCUGUACGCCCUAAAGAACUUAUUGGGAAGCGGAAGGUUGUCUCUGAAGGUCCCCAGCGGGUUCUGAGACGACUUUCAACAGAAGGUGAUAAAUCUACAUACAAAACAGCUGUGACCAAGGGCAAGCUUCCACUGGGGAAGAACUUGGCCAGCAAACACAGUGGGAAGCGUCGUAUGAGCAGUGAGGAUAGUUCUUUGGAACCAGACUUGGCAGAAUUGACUUUAGAUGACAGCAGUUUGGCUCUUGGGGCAGAAGCCAGCAAUACAUUCAGUUUCUCAGAUAGUCCCUUGAACAGAAGCUACAGGGACACCUAUGAAGAUGAUGGGGGAGUGUAUUUCUCAGAGGCUACAGAGCCUACCCUCAGGAGUAGUCCCUCCACCAAGAAAAAUCCAAAAGAGUCAGUGGGGGAAGUGGGGAGUGGAGAUGAUGAUCUCCCUUGCCCUGAUGAAAGUACUGGUGGGAUAUGUUUGAAGCCAAAAGAGGUUGGAGAGAAUGGCGCAACUGGAGGAGAAGAGGAGGAAGAUGACUACCAGGUUUACUAUCUGAAUCCACAGGAGGUGAAUAAGGAGGAGGAUGAGAAGGCUGAGGGAGGGACAGAAGAGGAGCAGGACAUGUUUGCUGGGAUAAAGCCCUUGGAGCAGGAAAGCCGCAUGGAGAUCCUGUUUGCUUGUGCAGAAGCUCUUUAUGCUCAUGGUUACAGCAGUGAAGCAUGCCACCUCACAGUCGAGCUGGCAAAGGACUUGUUGGCCAAUCCUCCUGAUCUCAAGGUGGAGCAGCCCCCAACCAAGGGAAAGAAAAACAAGGUCUCUACCAGCAAGCAGACAUGGAUGGCAACAAACACCUUAUCUAAAGCUGCUUUCCUACUGACAGUACUGAGUGAGCGGCAGGAAUACCACAACCUAGCUUUCCAGAUUGGCAUGUUUGCUCUGGAAUUGCAGAGGCCACCAGCCUCUACUAAGGCUUUGGAGGUAAAGUUGGCAUAUCAAGAGUCUGAAAUUGUGGCCUUGUUGAAGAAAAUUCCACUUGGCUGUAAUGAGAUGAACACUAUUCGGGGAAGGGCUGAAGAGCUGAGAGAAGGGACCCUGUGUGAUUACCGUCCUGUUUUGCCUCUCAUGCUGGCCAGCUUCAUAUUUGACGUCUUAUGUACUCCAGUGGUUUCUCCUACGGGAUCCAGACCCCCAAGCCGAAAUUGGAAUAAUGAAAUGCCAGGAGAUGAGGAGCUUGGUUUUGAGGCAGCUGUGGCUGCUCUUGGCAUGAAGACCACAGUGAGUGAAGCAGAGCACCCUCUCUUGUGUGAAGGUACCAGGAGAGAGAAGGGAGAUUUAGCUCUAGCUCUGAUGAUCACAUACAAAGAUGACCAGUCUAAGUUAAAAAAGAUCUUGGAUAAGCUGUUAGACAGGGAGAGUCAGACACACAAGCCGCAAACUCUAAGUUCAUUCUACUCAUCCAGCAAGCCUACCGUAGCCAAUCAGAAAUCUCCUUCCAAGCAUGCCACCCAAACAGCUGCACCUAUUCAGCAUCUGCCAGGAACUUCAGUCACACAACAGACAGGGGUGCCCACUGCUGUCCAGAGCAAUCCUUCGGAACCCUUUCUGGAAAAGAGUACACAAGAGAACCCACAGAGAUCUCCCUGUGACCCACCUGUGGAAUCUGCUGUUUUAAAACAAGAAGGGAAGGUUCCUAGUCGAUUAGCUCUUGGCACUAGAGGUGGAUACAACGGAAGAUGCUGGGGUUCACCGGUGAGACAAAAGAAGAAGCACACAGGAAUGGCCAGUAUAGACAGCAGUGCACCAGAAACCACCUCGGACAGUUCUCCAACUCUCAGCAGGCGCCCCCUACGUGGAGGAUGGGCAGCCACAUCUUGGGGCAGGGGACAAGACAGCGACAGCAUCAGCAGCUCUUCCAGUGACUCAUUGGGUUCCUCUUCUUCCAGCGGGAGUAGGAGAGCCAGUGGAGGAGCACGUGCAAAGACCGUGGAAGUUGGCAGAUAUAAGGGCAGGCGACCAGAGAGCCAUGCUCCCCAUGUCCCAAACCAGCCCUCAGAGGCUGCUGCACACUUCUAUUUUGAGCUAGCCAAGACAGUACUCAUUAAGGCAGGUGGAAACAGCAGUACCUCUAUUUUUACCCACCCAUCCUCUAGUGGUGGCCACCAAGGGCCUCAUCGCAACCUCCACCUUUGCGCUUUUGAAAUUGGACUCUACGCACUCGGGUUGCACAACUUUGUCUCUCCCAACUGGCUCUCUCGAACCUACUCCUCCCAUGUUUCUUGGAUCACAGGGCAAGCCAUGGAGAUUGGUAGUGCUGCCUUGAACAUCCUGGUGGAAUGCUGGGAUGGACAUCUAACCCCGCCAGAGGUGGCAUCCUUGGCGGAUAGGGCAUCAAGAGCUAGGGACUCCAAUAUGGUGCGAGCAGCAGCAGAGCUGGCAUUGAGCUGCUUGCCACAUGCCCAUGCUUUGAACCCAAAUGAGAUACAGAGAGCCCUGGUCCAGUGUAAGGAGCAGGAUAAUCUAAUGCUGGAGAAGGCUUGCUUGGCAGUGGAGGAAGCAGCCAAAGGGGGUGGCGUUUACCCUGAAGUCCUCUUUGAAGUUGCUCACCAGUGGUACUGGUUGUAUGAACAAACUGUGGGUGGCACUCUUGCCCAGAGGGAGGGUGCCACUGGUUGCAGUGCAAGCGGCGCCCGGGCCUCUUGCGAAGCGGUCCGUGGACUGGCAGAUACCAGAGUGACAUCAGAAGCAGCCACCGUGACUGUGGCGGCUGCAGUGACAGCAGCAGCAACAGUGGUGCCGGUGAUCUCAGUGGGCUCGACAAUAUACCAGCAGCACACCAUGGCAGGGCCGGCAAUGGCACACGCACACACCCAGGGUCUGCACCCGUAUACAACACUCCAGACCCACAUCCCUUGCAAUCCUCAGUACCUUGGACACCCCAUCCAGCACAUGCCACGGCCAGCAGUCUUUCCCGUGCCCGGCUCUGCUUAUCCUCAAGCAGCAUUACCUUGUCCUCUUCCUUUGCAGGGUGUCCACCCAGCAUUCAUUGGGGCACAGUAUCCUUACUCGGUAACUACCCCAUCUUUGGCAGCUACAGCAGUGUCGUUCCCUGGAGUGCCCGUGCCAUCCAUGACGCAGAUUGCUGUGCAUCCAUACCAUGCGGAGACAGGGCUGCCUCUGUCUUCCAAUGUAGCCAUAGGAAGUGUCCAUACAGGGUCUACAUUCCCAGCGAUUCAAGGGACUUCCUUGACAAGCCUGUCUUCUCAACCCAGCUCCCUUGUUACAGGAAGCUUUCCAUCCGAGGAUGAGCAACACAGUCAGCCCGUGAGCCCUCAAGGGUUGCACUACCUCCAUUCUGCUUAUCGAGUUGGGAUGCUGGCACUGGAAAUGCUGGGCCGGAGAGCUCACAAUGACCACCCUAACAAUUUUUCACGCAGCCCACCUUACACAGAAGAUGUAAAAUGGCUCCUAGGAUUAGCAGCCAAAUUAGGUGUAAAUUAUGUGCAUCAGUUCUGUGUUGGUGCAGCAAAGGGAGUUUUGAGUCCAUUUGUGCUGCAAGAGAUCAUCAUGGAAUCCCUGCAGAGGCUCAACCCUGCUCAUGUCCACAACCACCUGCGCACACCAGCCUUCCAUCAGUUGGUCCAGAGAUGCCAGCAGGCAUACAUACAGUACAUCCACCACCGCCUGAUCCAUCUCACUCCAGCUGAUUACGAUGACUUUGUGAAUGCCAUUCGUAGCGCCAGAAGCGCCUUCUGCCUCACUCCCAUGGGCAUGAUGCAGUUCAAUGACAUUCUCCAGAACCUAAAACGCAGCAAGCAAACUAAGGAUCUGUGGCAAAGGGUUUCUCUGGAAAUGACCACCUUCUCACCAUGAUGGCUUGGGAGUGCAACCCCCAUCCUCCUUCAGCUAGAGCUCUGUCCAUGACAUCCUUCUUUAUGGGAUUUUUUUUUAAUUUUAGCUGUUGGAAACCACUGGUCUCUAUAUAUUUAUACCAUGACAUUCCUCUUCCAUGCAACUGUGCUCCAUAUCCUUCUUCUCUCCUCCCCAGCAGGUGGAGCCAAGCAAGCUGUUUUGGCUGUAAAAGAAAGUAUGUGUGUGUGUGUGUGUGUAUGCAUGUGCGAGCCUGAGAAAGAGAGAAUGGGGCUAAGGAUUUGCUGAUGACACCUGGUCAGUGCUUUCAGUGCCCUUCCUGUGUGCAGGUUGUUUUGAAAAUGAGCACCUGUGUAUGUGUGUGUGUGUGCAUGUUAGAAGGUAGGGUGGAGCUGUCUCUUUAAAAUAUUUAUUUUGGCAUUUAUAAAUAUGUAUACUUUCUGUAAGAUUCUAAAAACGUUUCACUCAUUGCUGAGCCAGGACAGGCAGAAUUUGCUUUCUGCACAUGCUGGACUCGACCUCCCUCACCAUUCUUUCCUGCAGCAGCCGCCCUGAGGAGUUCAGGCUGAAGUUGAAAGAGCUUCUCCCUUCGUGUUCAGAUGAGCAAAGGCAGCUCAUGUACAUUCUGGCUUCAGGACAGUGUUUGAGCUAGCUGAUGUGACUUCUUUGCUGCUUAAACAUUGGCUCCAAAGAGUUUUGUCAUCAGGCUUCAUAGGAUGAUCUAACCAUGGUGAUUCUCAAUUGUACAGUCAUGUUACCUUGGCUGGGAUGUUAGCUCUCCUGUAAUCAGUUUCUUAUUUCUUGUUUCAGUAUCCUGAUUAAAACACUCAUUUUCUUAGAC